AUUUUCCUUCAAGAAGCUUCUUCUGUCCUCUACAUUCCCAUACUCUCCAGAAUCCUCAUCUCGUUCUAUCUACUUCGUACAUAAAUCCUUAGUUAUAUUCAUACGUUUAUUAAUCCAAUUUCUCAAGUCGUCUUCAACCUCUCAUCGCAUCCUCGACGAGCUUCGAAUCGGCCAUGGCGGACGUCUUCUUCGGCUCGCCCUUCCGGCGCCUCUUCUGGAGCCCCUCGGUCCUCGGCGAAUGGCGCGGAUCCUCCGCCGCGGGCGCCAUGGAUUGGAUCGAGACCCCUUCGUCCCACAUCCUCAAAAUCAACGUCCCAGGGUUUGGGAGGGAUGAUAUAAAGGUGCAGUUAGAGGAAGGGAACGUACUCAGCAUCAGAGGCGAGGGUUCGUCGUCGUCGGCGGCGGGGCGGGGGAAGGGGGAGUUCGCGAGGGAGAUCGCGCUCCCCGACAACGCGAAGGCCGAGAACAUCAAGGCGAGCGUCGACAACGGCGUCCUCACCAUUGUCAUCCCCAAGGAGCCCAUCCCCGCCAAGCCCAAGCCCCGCGCGAUCCCCAUUUCGAGCAAGCUCUGAGUCUACGGGGCAAAAUCCACCUAUGAAAUUAUAGUAAUAAGAUAUAUAUAUAUGUGUGUAGAGAGUGGAAAAUAAAGUUCGAUCGAAGGUGUUGAUGUGUCUGUGAUGAUGAUACGGAGUGUUCGGAGAUCGUGUGGAAAAAUGAUGAAUAAAGCAAUGUUUCCCAUCGUCUUCCUUUGUCCGA